UUCAACUAGCAUUGCAUUUCGAAGCAUCGGCGUGAAAGCGUAAUUUAUCAUAUCUAUGGUUAAGAAUGAGAGUGGGGAGAAAAUUUGGAGAUUGUUAAUCCCGAAUUAUAAAACCGUUAACUGGAGGAUACCGUGAGGAUUCUAUUAUUAUUCUAAAUUUGAACAUACAUUAGAGUGUACGACAGUGUGCAGUGAAAAUAGAGGAUUGGGCUUGAUUUAUAUUUAGAUCAUUCAGAUUUUACAUAUCGAUAUAAUACGAUAAAGUAAAAUUCACGAUAAAAUCUUGAGAAAGUUCUGAAAAGAUACAAAAACAUAAAUAUGUCAGAUCCGGAACUUGAAGCGUUACGACAGCAACGUCUGGCUCAAUUGCAAGCUCAAUAUAAGGGUAACAAUGCCAACGAUAAACAAGCGAUGGAAGAGAGAAUGCAACAAAUGGAAGAGAUGAAGCAUGCUAUAUUAACUCAAGUAUUGGAUCAAUCAGCUAGAGCAAGAUUGAAUACACUUUGCCUUGGAAAGCCUGAGAAGGGCAAAAUGGUGGAAGAAAUGCUUCUGAACAUGGCACAACGUGGACAGUUACCUGGCAAACUUGGAGAGAAAGAACUAAUCAAUUUACUCGAAAAUGUGAAUCAACAAACGCAAAAGAAGACAACAGUCAAAUUUGACAGGAGAAGAGCAGCUAUGGAUUUUGAUGAUGAUAUGGACUUGUAGCAAUUGUACAAAUUUUACAUCCAAAAUCAAUUAAAUUAAAGAAGAUAUUCAUGAUUCAUAUGUGCAGUAAGUUACAGAAAUUACAAUAUUCCCCACUUUUGCUUAGUAAUAAUAUUAUUUUUAUGCUGUACUGAAAUAAAAAAAAAGUUGAAUUAUCA